AUGACAGGAGCAUAUAAGACAGGUAGAUACGACGGAUAUGGCGUUUCAUUCGAUUCGCGAUCGGGGUAUUACGAGACUCCGCAGCGAGAAAGAGACGGCGCGAUGUGCGCCUCGGACGAGGAGAGCCGUUACUGCAAUCUCAAAGCGGACGCGCAGGCAGCAGAAUGGAACGCAUCAGCAGAGCCAGCCGCGCCAUCGCCAUCCCUCGCGAAGGCGGCGUCGUGGCUCAUGCGCAAAGGCAGCCCGCCUGUCGACGUCACGCCGCCCGGCCUCCUGCCGGCGUCUCCGUCUCGCAGCUCAGACGGCCAGCCGUCCGCUCAGUCGGUAGACCUCGACAUGGACGUUGGGGAGGCAGAAGCGUUGCAGCCGGUGGGGCGGUCAAGCGCCGUGUGGCUGCCGCUGCCAUCCCCGCGCGCGCAGGAGGAGUCCGCCGGCUUGGUAGCGCAGGAGACGAGGCGGCAAUCAUCGGGGGUGGUUGCGCGGAAGCAGCAGAGGAGCGAGAGCAGAAAUGUUCCCUGGUCGUUUCACCAGCUGCUUCAGGCGGACGCGGCGAGCGAGGAGCGCGUGGGGGCGGCGGAGCAAAUAAAACAGAUCCCACGGCGAAAGUCUCUCGAGGCGAGAAGGGUGAGCAGGGAGGCACGUGCUCGACAGCAGGACAAGGAAGCCAGGGCGGCGGCGCGCGAUCACUCGCUAGAAAGAAUAGCGCGCCAUCGAUCAGCGAACGCGGAUCGGAACCGUUCGAUCCAACUAGGUAGCACGCGCGAGGCGCGGACGCGUUGGCCGCAGCGACGAAGCGCAGCUGAGCGUCGCGCGGACGCCAAGGCAGCGGCGAGUUCGGACAGCUCGUCCGACAGCGAAUGCGAAAGUAGAAUCGAGGGCGCGCGGAGGAGGCAGGAGGGACGCGAGAGGAAAGAAAGAGAGGCGACAAACGAUUAUUUGGUGGGGGUUGAAGGGCGUGAGGCAGGAGGCAAAGCGACAGACUUCCUGCACGACGGGUUGGGGGACGCCGUGGGCGGGGAGUGGGGCGCGCGAGACGAGCGGCUGGAGACAGAGGGGCCGGAGGGCGCGGGGCGUGAUAUUGGCAUCCUGAACGCGAGCGAGGCGCCGCCUCAUGUGCCACCGGCGGUGCGGUUGGCGGGGUUACUGACGGACGACAUGCUGCAGUGCAGCUUCAUGGACCCGGGCAAGCGCGCGCUGGGCCUCGCGCACGACGACCACGACCGCGACGACCACGACGACGGCGACGACGGCGAAGCCGCGCACGGCCGCCGCGCGCGCGCCAGCGCCGAUGAUCAUUUGCACGAAUCGACUCAUGGGACCAGCGAAGCCGCCCUCUCACAACAUCGCCUCGUUCCUCCCAUCUCCCACGCCUCGCCUGCGUCUGCCCCCGCUCUCCAUAACGCCUUGCCGAGCGCCACCGAUGCCCCGCGAGGCGGGCUCGUGUUUGGCGUGCCCGUCUCCGCCCCGCUCCUUGCCUCCUCCGCUUCCCUGCCGCACUUUGGCUCCGCCGCCGCUUCUACCGCCACAUUCGGAGCGCCCGCGGUGACGCGGCUGCCGCUGUCGGUGCUGCAGCACGGGUCGCUCGUGUGUCUGCUGGCCGGCUCCUCGCGACUCGCGGCCGUGCGCUAUCAAGGAAGGUGGGAGCUGGGCACGCCGACGCCCUCAAACGCUGACGGCAGCUCCAACGCCCUCGCGGCUUCAGCCGCCGAUCCGCUCCGCCGCUCCGCGCACGCCGCGUCGCUGGCCGUGAGCGCGUCGCUGACGGGCGGGCUGGGGCGCUGGCCGCUGGACUGCCUGUUCGUGCUGCUCGUCGUCGCGCCCGCGCGCAUCGCGCUGCGCUCCCUCGCCGCCGACGGGCGCUGCCUCUCCGCCGCGCUGCUGCCCGGCGAGCGCGACUCAGCGGAGGUCGACGUGUAUCAUGCGUCGCACAGCGCGUCAAACCUCAUGUUUCACUCCCUGCCUGCCUCCCCGCUGCUCGCCGUGUGCGCCGCGUGCGCGCGCAGGUCCGUGGGCGACGCGGAGACCUGGGAGGGUGUUGCCGUCUGGUGCCGUGUGCUCACGUGUUGCUGUGCGUUGCAGGUGAAGCAGCUGCAGCGGCGAGUGGGCGAGGAGGAAGCGGCGAGGCGAGAGGCGGAGGGGGCGAUGGAGGAGCGCCGGCAGCGGUGGGAGGAGGAGAGCGCGCGCAUGCGCGCGGAGGCGGACGAGCAGCGCGACACCAUCGACCAGCUCAACGACCAAGUGUCUUCGCUCGGCGCGGAUCUCGAGCGCGCCGUGGCGCUGCUUGAAGCCGCCAGGCCCGCGCUCAAGGGGGCGCGCGGAGGGCCGCAGCGGGGAGAGGAGUGGGCGGAAAUGGAUGGCAUGGGGAAGGCGACUGGCGCGGAAGGCACGGGAGGGAGUGCGUGGAGUGAGGCGAGGGGAAGCGAUGCCAGGGAACCGGCAGGUGUGGAUGACGAGGGGUGUGAGGUAAGGUGGGCGGAUGUGAGCGGCGGAAGCGGUAGUAUCACGGGCGCAGCAUUGGUCUCUCCGCCACUUCCGCCCUCCGCCACUGCACCCCAUGCUCCCCCCACCCGUGCGCCCCCUACUCGCGCCCCUCCCGCUCCUGCGCCCGCGGUCGCCCUGCCCGCCCCCGGCGCCAGUCACGGAGCAGCGCGGGAGCACGACAGCCGCGGCGGCGGCAACAGUGCCGCGCGCUCCCCCGCCACCAGCGGCAAUUCGGCCGUGGCUCGCGCGCUCUCCGCCUCCCCCUCCGACUCUGAGUCCGACUGCGGCAGCGGAGCUUCCCCCGCCCGCCGCGCAUCCCCGUACAUCACUGCGGAGCAACCGCAACCGCAACUCCAGCCGCAACCUCCGCACCAUACGCUCUACCGGCCAGCCAGCAGCGGCGGCAACAAGUUUUGGCAGGCCGCACGGUCGGCGGGCGGUAAGGGGGGCGCGGGGACGCGGAACGACGGCGAUGCGCAGGGCGCGAAGGCCGCAGCAGCCGUGGACUCGGGCGUGCUGCUUCGCCGAACCUUCUCUCCCAUGCGCGUCCGCCGCAGUCUCUCGUCGUCGAAAGCGGAAGCGGAAGCGGAAGCGGGCGCAAGCCGAGGGGCGGGGGACGGGGGCGGCGCGAGAAGCGCGCUGCAGCACGUGAUGGGGCGGGCUGCGGGAGCUUUGGCGGCAGGGGGAAAGCGCGGGGGAGAGAGCGCGGAAGAAGCGCGGCGGGGUACGAGGUAUUCCCUGAGGGCAAGAGACGAGCGCGAGGGGGCGCAAGUUGGGGCAGGGGGAGGCGGAGAGGAGGCGGUCGCAGUUGAGCUGAGAGGAGAGGGGGAGGCUCGCGCGCAGCACGGGGAGGGCGGAGAGCGAAUGGGCGGAGAGGGAGAGGGUGCUGUGCGGGGCAUGGUGCAGCGCGGGGCGCAGCAUGGGGGCCCAGAGGCGUGGGUGGCGGAGCAGCCGCGCGCGGUAGUGCUGGAAGAGGUGGCGCCGGGGGAGGGGGCGCGCGGAGAGGCGGAGGAGGUGAGAGGCGCGCGUGCGGCGAGUGGUGCGAGCGAGCCGAGCGGUACGAGCGGCGCGAGUGGCAUGAGUGGAAUGAGCGGGGUGGACGAGGAGUGGGAGGAGCAGUGCACAGAGCAGGGAUGGGUGCUGCGCCCUGUGUCACGUGCAGGGGCAGGGGCAGAGGCUCGCUCGUAUGGCGUGUGCUGCACCGCGGAUGAUGACGUGGCGGAUGACGUGGAGGAUGAGGUGGACUCACAGCAGGUGCGGCAGUCACUGCUGCAGACGCGGAUGGGUGGGAGCGCGGGAGAGGGCAACGGGGAGAGCAGUGGGGGAAGCGGAAGCGACACUAGGAGCGGGUCAAACCGAGGUGGCGCAGCAGCAGUGGCAAGACAAGCAGCCGGAGCAGGUGCGAGCAGUGGAAUGGCAGGCAGCGGGCCAGCAGCUCGUGCUGCCUGCGAGGGGCGUCAAGGGAAACCUGGCGCUGCUCCCGCUAGUUCUCUAGGUGCUCGUGCUGGUGGUGCAGCUGCUGCUGCUGGCGCUCUUUUUGGUGGUGUGAGCAGUGGAUGGGCACGGGACUCCACAGGAGGGAAAGGGGCACAGGCACAGGGGGCAGAGGGCGGGCGGGCAGGGGCGGGGGCGGGGGCGGGGGCGGGGGCGGGGGGGGGAGAGGAGCCCCCCUCGGCGCUGAAGCAGCGUGUGGCGGCCCUGCGCUCGCGCGUGUCCGCCCUGCGCGCCACCUCCUCCACCCUCCUCGCCCCCGCCCCUGCCACCGCUGCUGCUGCUGGCGCUGGUGCUGGUGGUGGGAGAGGGGCGGGUGGGAUCAGUUGUGGAUUGGCAAAGGGGGCGGAGCAGGGAGGGGGUGGUGCAUGCGUGGAGGGAGGCCAGGGCGCAGAGGACAGAGGGGGGGGGCUUGCAGGCAUACAGGAGGGUGGCAGUGAGAGGAGUGGCAGUGAGAGGAGUGGCAGUGAGAGGAGUGGCAGUGAGAGGAGUGGCAGUGAGAGGAGUGGCAGUGAGAGGAGUGGCAGUGAGAGGAGUGGCAGUGAUGGCAGCGGCGGUGCUGGAUUUAGUGCUGCCAUUCCCGCUCGCUUGACACACGCCGCAGCUGCUGCUGCCAGGGGCUUUGUUAGCGCAGCUCACAGGCAGUUCGGUGCUGGCAGCCGCGCGGAUGGGGUGUGGAGGGACGUGGAGGAGGGGAGUGCGGGUGCUGGUGCGGCUCACAGGCAGUUCGGUGCUGGCAGCCGGGCGGAUGGGCGGCAGGCAGGGUGGCAGGGCGGCGGGAGUGAAGGGAGGGAUGUGAGGCGAGUGGGGAGGGGCGUGGAGGAGGGGAGUGGCGGUGGUGGUGGGGAGCGGUGGGCAGGUGUGCUGCGAGAGAGGAGUGGCAAUGUGCCGGAAGGACCUGCCAGGGAGCUCAAGAAACCAGCAGCAGCUCCUGCAGCGGCAGCAGCAGCAUCAUCGUUAGCAGCAGGCAGAGCGCGCGCACGACCAGGGCUGAUGGCGGUGGACCCAGGGGAGCGGCACCUGCAGUCGCUGCUGCCCGUGCGCGUGCUGGUCAGGGAGAGGACCUCGCAGCACGGGGGAGAGACAGCAGAAGCGCAGCAGAGCACUGCACCUGAGGGUGGUGUGUGGCAAGGGGGCAUGGAGCAGGGAAGGGCAGUGGGGAGGGACAUGCGUGUCCCCGGUCGCACUCUCUCAUCCACCUCUGCUUCCUCUGACUCGCACGCCCUCCCUGCUCUCCUGCACUCGCCCCGCCACCCGCACAGCAGCAGCAGCCCGCGCAGUGCCAGUGGCGGCAAGAGCAUCGAGUGCACUGUCCUCAUCCCCACCGCUGUUGCUUCAGCUGUCACCGAGCUGUACUCUUCCCAUCACAUCCUCUCCCUGCCUCUGCUUCUCACCCUCAUUCGUUCUCAUCUCAUCCCCUUCUCUGCACUCGUUCUGUCUCUCCCUUUGGCUCUUCUCCCUCCAGGAGUAUGCACGUAG